AUGGCAAUAGUAAAUCAAAUGCGUGCCUAUGGUGAGCAAAUUUCAGAUGAGACAAUUGUUGCAAAGGUGUUGAGAAGUUUAACUACAAAGUUUGACCAUGUGAUGCUUGCUACAGAAGAAGCUAAGGAUCUGUUAGUACUCUCUAUUGAUGAACUAAUGGGCUCUCUUCAAGCUCACCAGUUAAGAAUCAAUAGAUCAUCAGAAAAGAAUGAAGAAAAGGCACUUCAAGUGACGGAGAUAGCCACCAACCAAAGGGAAAAUGUUUGUUCAGUAAGUAGAGGUCGAGGAAGAGGAGGAUUUCGCAGUAGUCAUGGUCGUGGUAACAGUAGAGGAUAUGGGCAUAUAAAAGCUGAUUGUUGGUAUAAAGAUCAGAAGAUGAACCUUGCAGCAGAAAAUGAAGAAGAAGAAGAAGAAAGGCUUUUUAUGGCUUGUAUUGAUACUAACCCGAAACUAAGUGAUUUGUGGUUCGUUGAUAGUGGAUGCUCGAACCAUAUGAUAGGUACCAAAUCCCUAUUCCAGGAGCUUAAUGAGACGCAAAGAAUAAAGGUGCAACUUGGCAAUGCAAAGGACAUGCAAGUUGAAGGAAAAGGCACUGUGAAAGUUGAAACCAGUCAUGGUAAGCAAGAGAUUCCAAUUGAAGUUUCUCCAGAUGAAAAAACAAGAGUCAACUCCUAUGCACCUACUAGUGCCUCUACAGCAACACAAAUUUUGUCAAACUCGUCAACUUCAGCAUCACCAGAUAACAACUCUUCUGUUGAAGAAUCUUCAGAUGAGACACCGCUAGGGAAGUAUAAAUCUUUGGCCGAUAUAAAUGCAUCUUGUCAACUUGCUCUUACUAUUUUAGACCUUAUAUUUUAUGAAGAGCAGCUGAAAAAGAAGAGUGGCAGAAAGCCAUGGUGGAAGAGCUGCUGA